UCAAAUAAAUGUGCUACUGAUAAGGUGAAAAUUACCCUCCCAGCUUCACAAGCCAAAAAGGCAGCUGUUCUGAAAAGCUUAGUGAGUAACCCUAGACCAAGAAAGCAACUGGAAAAGAGGGGAGUGGUUACUACACCAGAGGAACAAAGCGAAGUAACAACACUAAAAGGAUUAGCUUUUGGCAUUUCCAGCAGACUUGACAAAGUCAAGGCUUCAAGGUCGGUCAAAAGAGAGCAGCAUUUACUGCAUUUAAAUCUUUGGCUUUUAGAGAAAAUAUUUAGAAGUCCAGAGCUAAAAGAUCCUUAAGGUAACUAGUUAACCUUAAUGAACAGUGUUAGUAAAGCCAUCAAAUAUCAGGAAAGAUACACCCAGCUGGUUUUAUACUAAGAGAAGGUUCGGCAAGAUGCUAUACUGA